CGAGCGAAGGCUGCCAGCAACCAUACCGGGCGUUUGCCGAGGCACGUCCUUCGGCGCCAGCCGUUAGGGGUCUUGUGAUUUCGAACAGGGAAACGAGCCAAUCGGAGAAGAGGAGGGGCAGGGAGGCGCUCAGUUUGAGGCGAGACGCGGCCGACGGAGGCCACGGCGAAGAGCAGCGGCGACGGCGACUGGGAUGGAGGCCUUGGAAAGCCGCGGAAGAGGGUUGGCGAAGCUGGCGGUGCAGCAGCAGCUCCGAGCCGCCUAUGGGAUCAAGGUGAAGAAUCGGCCAGCGAAAGGGAAGCCCUUGCCCGCCGCCGCCGGGGAGGGGAAGGGCAAAAUAUUUGGAAUAGCUCUUCAUGAAUUACCCCAUCAAGAUGUGCCUGAAUAUGAUCGUAUACCUUGCUUCUUAGUUGAGGCAUGUAAAUAUUUAGAAGAACACAUUGGCACUGAAGGGCUCUUCAGAAUAUCCGGAUCAGUUGUUCGCAUAAAAGCAUUAAAGGGUAAACUGGAUCAAGGUGAAAACUGCCUGUCAACUGCUCAGCCCUGUGAUGUUGCAGGGCUUCUGAAGCAGUUUUUCAGAGAACUGCCUGAGCCCAUUCUCCCAAGUGACCUGCAAGAAGCUCUCAUCAAAGCCCAACAAUUGGGCAGCGAGGAGAAGAAUUCUGCCACACUGCUGCUUUCCUGUCUUAUGAAUGACAGAAUAAUCAAUAUACUCAGAUAUUUUUUCAUGUUUCUCAAAAAUGUGUCUCUAAGAUCUGCUGAGAACAAAAUGAGCAGUAGCAACCUGGCAGUUAUCUUUGUUCCAAACCUCUUGCAAUCAAAUGAAGCUGACAAGAUGUCGGCUCAUACAGAGAGAAAGCUUCGUUUGCAGGCGGCAGUUCUGCAGACGCUUAUUGAUCAUGCAGAAAAAAUAGGGCAUGUACCAAAGUUCAUCCUGGAAAAGAUACCUACUAUGCUUGGCAUUGAUGAUCCUGUCUCCACUCCUUCGCGGCAAGAAUAUGAAGAAAGUGAAGGUGAAACUCCAGGUGAACCCACAAGGAGGAGGAGGAGGAGGAGCAUGGGAGAUAUUGUUAGUGGAGCUCUGAAUAAACUUAAAUCUAACAGAACCCCCUCCACUACACCACAGAAAGACAGGCAUGUCUUUUCAUCAGUGACUCCAGUGAUACUUACUCCAAAUUUUAAACGUAAAUGUCAAGCUGAUUCCUCGCAAGGUUUCUCUAACAAAAAAAGGCGAUCUAUCAGGCAUAACUUGGCUCUUGAAUUGCUACCAAGUAGCCUUUUUAGUGUUGGAUCAACACCUGGUUCAGCUCAUUUUGAAACAAGCCCUAAUGUAUCUCUUGACGCACCUCAGAGUUCUGUGUCUAUCUCAGUCAGUAGUGAAAAGCACCUGCCUAGUGUAGGAAGUCGAAGAAGCAAAAGAAUUGCCAGCAAAAAAGUACAUAGGGUUGAGUCUGGAAAAAUGGGUUGCUUUUCUCCUAAGGUUAGUCGGAAAGAAAUGGUGCGCAGGUCAUUGCGACUAAAGUUCAUUCUGGGAAGGAGCAGCAAAGAGAAUACUGCAGUGGAGCAUCUGCCUAGCAACAGAUCUGAAAAUGUUGGUCGUCGACUUGCAAGUCAACAAAAUGUUGAAAGUGGGAUGAAUCAUGGAAAGACAGCUGCAUUUUUAAGCCCAUGUGUCGGUGAAUAUAUAACAAAAAAAGAUUCCAAAAACAUCAGCAAGUCAGAGGAAAACUUGCAAAUUGAAAACCCACAUAAUGAAACAACCUACCGAAUGUCCUGGACCGGCCCCAGUACUGCAGGAUCUGAGAAGACUAGCAAUAGGGCUGCUGCUUUGAUGGCAUGUCGUGAAGCAGAAACCUCUUUUUCUGAGCCUCUUCUUACAACUAGAAUACCACCAAUCAUUCCUGUUAAGUCAAGACCCACUGAUGCAAGUUCUGAACAGGAAAGCAAAAAACAACAAACUUCUUUUUGUGAGGAUGAAAAUGAUUUGACUGCAGACACUUUAUUGAAAAUUAAGACAGCAUUUUCUGAAUCGGGAAGCAACCUUCAUAAUUUAUUUGAAACUGAGCCUUCAAAAUUAAAUUUAACACAAGGUACAGCAUGCUUUUCAGAACUCAAUCUAGAGGAAGAGCUCUCUAAAGCCCAAGCUCAGAAACUGACAAAUGUAGAACAGAAGACUCCAUUUGUAGGUUCUGCGAAUAAAUCAAACGUCUCCGACAAACGUCUGCCAAAUAUGGAUCAAGUCAAAGCUGUAGACAGUUCCCUCUUCCCAAACCAUACAGAGACUAAUCUUCCAGUCCAUGAUCUUAGCAAAAGUGAGGGAUCAAUAAAAAAGGAGCACUUGACCAUAAUGACAUCUCCAGGGAUGCAUUUAAAUAGCACAAACACCCUGAAAAAUGAGACAUUGGAAUCGGAUGAAAAAACCGAUGAAGAAUUUAGAUACUGUUACUCAGAAAUUAAAGAAUGUCUUGAAAAAGGGGAGCUUCUUUCUCAGUUGCCAGAAGAUGGCGACAGAAACAAUACAUGUUAUCUACACAUGGAAACUAUUGAGAAAUCUACAUUUUCCCCUCCAGGAAAGGUUGCUGACCAUAUACAUUGGUUCAACAAACUUUCAUUAAAUGAGCCAUGUUCUGCAACCAAAGCCAAAUCACCACUUAAGUUUCAACGUACGCCUGUCCGUCAGUCAGUACGGAGAAUGAACUCCCUCUUGGAGGCUAGCAAGCCGUCAGUUGCUUGUGGAUUAAUAAAAGCUGGCAAUGACUGUCCUUCUCUUGUUAAAUCAGUGAGUUUUGAAACCACAUUGCCGUCCUACAUGGAAAAUACCUCUAGUACAUCUACAGCUUCUCUGCUUUCUUCUGAAUCAACCUGCAAGCAAGAGUCUACUUGCAAUCGGUAUUCUCUGUCUUCCAAAUCCUGCCCACAACUAAUACAUCCAUUACAGCAAGCCAGCAGGCCUGGUACAACCUGCAAAGAGACCAGUCAUCAAUCCAAGUCAGUCCUUGAGGACCUAACUAAUCACGAAGCACCAAAAGCUGUUGUAAAAACGAACACAAAUGUAAAUAUUCUGGUUGCUACACCUGACAAAUGUGAUUUCAGGAGAAAAUUGUCAGAAAAGAAGGUUCGCUAUAGAGGGUCUCCAAAGAACCCAAUAGCCACAACCAAACUCCUUCCAGUUGUUAAACCUCUUGACUUAUAGGUUAAACAACCCAAUUCCUGGCAUGUUUCCUAUAGACUGCAGUGGUCUUUGUAUUUAGGAUUGUAGCCAAAGUCUCUUGUUUAUCUUAAACUAUCCAUCUGCUUCUUUAUUUUUUUUAAAAAAAUCUAUCGUUUUUGUUUUUAAAUAGGAUUCUUUCUUGAAUUGAGAGGAAAUGUAGGCUGCAACUGAAACUUGAAUAAGUUCUGUUGGGUAGUGUUUACCUUGUGGCUUCUAAUAAGUAUUUGCCUUUCAUAUUUUGACUGGAUUUUAGAGGGGGUGGGGAAGCUUGAAAAUGCUGCUGGUUACGGUUAAUUCAGUUUUCAAAAAUUACGAAGAAUCUGUUUUUAGUUGAUCUUGUAGUGUGAGAAGUUUAAAAUUGCAUUUGUAAGGAAGUGCAUUCCUCACUUGCAAAGUAUAACACUGUGUUUGCAAGUCUUGGUUCACAGUCUUGAGUCUCACAAUAUAGUUAGUUCUUACAGCAUUUUAAGUGUCUGUAAGGUUUAUAUUGGGUACUGGUGCUCAGGUAAAAGCAGCUGUUAAGAAGCUCACAGCUUGUCUACUGAUCGGAGGUGCAUUUUUUUGUUGACUCAAACAAAUAGCCACCAAAUUAAAACAUUGGCAAGUUAAGCAACUAUGUAAUUGUAGGUGGAUGCACACAGAGGAUGCUAGCACAAUUUAUGGUAAAUAUUCCAAUGCUGCUGGAUGCACAUUAUUUUCUAACUGCAAAUUGGGGGGAGGGGAUAUAUGCAAAAGAACUUGCAGGUCUUAAUUUCUUUUCUUAAAGUAAUGUGGUACAGCAAACCGCAUGAUUAAAAAUAAUGAAAUAUACCUAUUAUGUCACCACAAUAAAACUGUAUAGAGCCAUACUGUUUAUUUGCACAGAUAUUUUGCUCUGUCUGCUGUAAUAUUGAAACUGUUCAGUUCUGUUUAUAGUACAUAAAUUAUUUAAACUUGAAGUUGAUUUUUAUUUAGCUUUUCUAUGUAAUUUGAUUUGUGAUAGUGCUAAAUUUAUUUUUUCCAAAAUAAAAAACUUUUUUUUCUUUAA